AUGUCGUCUCUGCAGAAGUACCGGUCGCAGACCAUGAAGGACUACGGACUCAUGAUCGAGUACAAGCACUUGCGCCAGCACGUGCCCAGCGGCAUCUACGUGCUGCCGAGCUUCGACCACUCGCGCAUCUGGUACGGCGCCAUCUUCAUCCACGCCGGACUCUAUCGCAACGGAAUCUUCAAGUUCACCAUCUUCCUGCCGGAGAGCUACAAUGGCCCGGGCACGUAUCCUCGCAUUGUGUUCAACACCAAGAUUUUCCACCCGUAUGUGUACGAGGACACGAAGGAGCUGGACUUGAAGCCCAAGUUCCCGGAAUGGGACCCGGAGCUGCACUACAUGGUGGCCGUGCUCACCUACCUCAAGGGUAUCUUCUACAUGAAGGACUUCCCCGAUUUGGCAACGGUGGCGAACGGCGUUGCGCUGGAUAUGUUUCGCCACGACCCGGAGAACUACGUAAACAAAGUGGAGGAAUGCGUGGACGAAUCGCUCACGAACGUCUACAACAACGAGCAGGGGUCCACGAUCCGAUUCACGAAGCACAAUCCCGCCCACGACAAUCUGCGGCAGGAGCUCUUUGCUCAGUUGGAUGCCACACCGGUAAGCGAUUACCCAACUAUUGCACCUGAACAUGUUCGAGGUCGCCUGAUUCAUUAA